AUGGCGCAGCGGGAGGCCCGAGGGGCACCAGCAAUGCCAGGAAUGGGCCAUGGCCGGACUAAGGCCAAAGCACGGUCGCUGCCAGGCACUGACAGAAAGAAGAGCCGUCCCCGCAGGACAAGGCAGGCCCUAUGGGAAGAGACCAGCUGGAGUGACCAAAGAUGGAGCCGAGCUGCCCCUAGCCCUCGAGGAAGCAGGGCUAAGGGGCCAGCUCAUGGCAGGAGCGAAGCCAGUCCUGAGAACGCAGCCCGGGAGCGGAGCCGGGUGAGGACCUUGCGCCAGGCUUUCCUGGCCCUGCAGGCGGCUCUGCCAGCUGUGCCACCAGACACCAAGCUCUCCAAGUUGGAUGUACUGGUACUGGCUACCAGCUACAUAGCCCACCUCACCCGCACACUCGGUCAUGAGUUGCCUGGGCCUGCCUGGCCCCCCUUCCUGCGUGGACUCCGCUACUUGCAUCCUCUCAAGAAGUGGCCCAUGCGGUCUCGUCUCUAUGCAGGAGGUCUGGAGUGCUCCGGCCUUGACUCCACCACAGUCAUUGCUUCUGAUCAAAGAACAAGGGAUGCUGAGGUGGAGGACCACAUCUCUGGAGAGCCAGAUAUUCCCCUUCCCACCAAGUCACUCGUGUCAGCUCUCGGUGACAAAUGACCCUCACGCCCAUCCUGCUCUCCUGGACUGUGACUCUCACUAGCAGACCUGGAUUUUUCUACCAAUGCUACCUACUGUCUCCCCUCAGGCUCUCGGCCACUGGACUGGACUCAGGCUCUGCGCCCAAGGUCCAGCAGGAGGAAGAAGCGAAGCAGGAUGGAGAGUCCCAGGGAGCACAGGGCGGGUAUCCUCACCCUUGCCACGCGGGAGGAGGUCUUCCCUGGCUCUUCUGUGGCAGCAUCAGGGAAGUGGGAAAGGACGGGGGUGGGGUGCAUUGGGUUCAAAUUCAGGUUAGGGCUCCACCCCUCCCUUUUCCCCCUCAGCUCCUACCAGCCCUCUGCACACAGCCAGAAGACAGUAAUUACUGAGCAGAUAUGGAGGGAGGGGCCAGAGUAACCACAGCCCCAGGUGCUGAUGGGAACACCGGGGACUACAGCUCUUGGUGGAGGGUCACAGAGCCAGAAGGAACAUUGAAGAAGAGAAGAGGCUUUUCCAUCUUUCCACCAGAUGCUUCCGCAGUGUCAAAGGGGCAGUGAGGAAUUUAGGAUUUUGUGUGUGUCUGGAUCGGGGUCUUCCCAGCUGCCCCUCAUCACAACAUGUCUCUCCCUCACUGGGCCCUGCACCCUUCCACUUUUUUCUUGGCAGGAGUUAUAGCUGCAGGUUAAACUCACAUUGCUUACAUUCCUGUUUCCAGAGACACUCAGAUACCCCUGGGCUAUCCAGUAUGAGAAGAUGUUUUUGUCUUUUCUUUUUUGGCACUGAGGAUCGAACCCAGGACGUUGUGCUUGCGAGGCA